GCACAAGCGCUUUAAACAAAACAUGGUGAAUAACCUUUACGCGUGAAAACUUGAUCAAAAUCUAUCAAAAUGCCGUUUAUGAUAGGUACAGCACCUAUACGUAGAACACUCAAGUAUCUACAAGCAGGAAAAUUAGUUUUAAAGGAUAAAAUACAAAUAUUCGCUAUUAAUUAUAAUACUAGUGGACAGCAUCAUGCAGGGGCAAGAGAAUUCAUAUUUUGGUACUUACCACAAAUACAAUACAAAAAUCCGGAUGUACAGAUUAUUACGUUUAAAAAUAUGACACCGUCUCCUUUUAUUAAAUGUUAUUAUGAAAAUGGAAAAACAAUGUUAAUAGAUAUAGAUAGUCAACCAAAAGAAGACAUUAUUCAACAUCUUAUUAAAGUCGUUGGUAAAUCGGAGCAACUUUUAGCGAAAGAGGCUAUACUCAAAGAAAAAAAGGAUAAUCCUGCUAAUUUUGGUGUUGGUUGUAAAAUGAGUUGUAUAUGUGAAAUUCCUGGGCAAGUACCUUGUCCUGGUGUAGUACCUCUUCCUUAUCAUAUGCGUGGAAAAACAUAUUCGAAAAAAGAUUUCUAAUGUAGAUUUGUUAAGUAUAAAGUUAAUGAUAUGUCUAAGUAAAUAAUAAAUAUUAUUUCAUAUAAUUUAAGAUAAUAA